AUGGAAGUCCUCCACCACAUAGCAUCCCUCUACCACUCCUUCUCUCACCUCAAACACACUUUCGGCGACGCCCACGACGAGAUGCAGUCUUCAGUUUUCGCGAGGGCAAUCGAAACCGUCGAGUUCCUCCGCCUCAAACUCCCAGAACACCUCGCAAAACCACGAGUGGCCAUAGUCUGCGGCAGCGGUCUUGGAGGUCUCGCACAAACCGUCAACGAAGAAACAGAGGAAUGGGCUUAUAAGGAUGUGCCGAAUUUUCCAUUGAGUACAGUGGCCGGCCACGAAGGCAAGCUCAUAUUCGGCACCAUUGGACCCAACAAAGUGCCCGUCCUCCUCCUCGUAGGCCGUGCCCACUUCUACGAGGGUCACAGUAUGGAAGCCGCGACUUUCGCCACGAGGGUUUGUAAAGUUUUGGGUGUGGAGACUAUCAUCAUGACGAACGCCGCUGGAGGUCUGAAUCAGGAGUACACCGUUGGUGACAUUGUGUGUCUGAAUGACCACCUUAACCUGGCUGGCCUAGUGGGCUUUCACCCACUUCGAGGCCCCAACGAGGAGGACUUUGGAACCAGGUUCCCGCCGCUGAGUGAUGCCUACGACAUCUCGCUGCGGCAACUAGCGCACAAGUCCUGGAAAGACCUGAGACAGCAGCAUCCUAGCCAGCGGAGGAUGCAUGAAGGUGUAUAUGCCUUCGUUGCGGGUCCAACUUAUGAGACCAGGGCAGAGUGUCGAAUGCUCCGCAAUCUCGGUGCAGAUGUGGUUGGGAUGUCGACAGUGCCGGAGAUUGUGGUGGCAAGACAUUCUGGCAUGCGAGUGUUGGCCUUCAGCUUGGUGACGAACAAGUCGGUGCUAGAGCCGACAGUGCGAGCAGAUAAUCCAGAGCUGCAAGGCAUGUCGAUGCAGGAGCUCGCCAGAUAUCUCGGCCAGGGUGCGGCGCAUCAUGAGGAAGUCCUCGAGGCUGGUCGGCUUGCGGCGAAAGAUAUGCAGGGCCUGGUGUUGCGGGUCGUGUCCGAGUUGUAG